AUGGUGAACGCGAACAGAUGUCUAUUCCGAUGCAUAGGUUGUAAAACCAAAGCUACAGAAGAAUCUGAAUUCAUAAAUAUCAACGAAUCGCCACGUCAUACAAAAGUCAUACACAUAAACGAUCUUAUCGUUUCUAAGCCUCAAUUAGUGGCAGAUACGCCUAAGUCUCUUUAUUUUACAAGACCGUCGGCUGAGCGCCAAAGCAGUUCUCUGGGUUCAGUUAAAGAGCCCAUUGCAAUUCCAAUCAGAUACGGAUGGCCAUCAGAUUUGAGUUUUGAACAAGUAUCAACUCUAAGAAAAAAAGACGAUGAGAUCCACGAUAAAGAGUUUGUUUAUAGUUAA